GAAUCUCCCGCCAGUGCGCUCUCCUAUGUUGAAGGCGCUGAUUUCCGGUAGGUAUAAAGUUGUUACGGCGCAAGAACGCGAUGGAGACCCCACCGAAAAAGAGAUACCGCAAAAGAAAAGAUAAGGUGAAUUCAACACCAAGUGGACAACUUGAAGUAGUUGAAAGCAGCUUAGCCUGCAGUGCAGAUGCACAACUUGCAGAACAUGCAGAAGUACUUGAAACAGUAAACAAUUCACAACAUGAAAUCAAAAUGAACAAAACAGAAUCUGAAUCCCAAGCAAGUGGUGCAUUUGUUACAGAUGAAAAUUCUGAGCACAGAAACAACAACUCAGAUGAAUUGUAUGACAGUUUGAAUUGCACUUCAUCUGUGACAGAAUGUGUCAAUGUCACCAUUUCACAAAAUGUUGAAGAUGAACAGCAUCAACGUGUUGAACAGCAUGGUCAAGAUGAACCAGCAAUGGAAUGUGCUGAGUCAAAUAAUGCUUUUGAUGAACAGUUUGAUGAGAUUUUAUUUGCCUUUCAUGAAGAAGCAAAAUUGAGGGACAGUGAUUUGUUGGCAAAUGAGGAUGACUUUACUUCUACAUACACUGAAUAUGACGGAAUAGAGAUAGAACAUAUAGGACAAAUUAUUUCAGAUGAAAUUUUGCAAACUUGUUCCAAAGAAGAAGAGGAGAUAAAGAUCAAAGAUCAAAGUGAGAUCCCUUUAUUUGAAAAUUCUCGUCAUUCCGUUGGUGUAGUUGUGUUACUCAUAUGCUGUUUUGUUAUAAGAUUCCGUCUACCAGAUGAAGCAGUAUCAUACUUGCUAAAGUUUAUGGCUUGUAUUUUACCACACUGCAAUCGACUGAUGGGUAGUUUGUACCACUUUAGAAAUUUUAUCAAAAGAUUCUCUUGUGGUGCCUUACCAAACAUAAUAUUUCACUGUAAUUAUUGUUACACAGUGGUAGAAAAACACAGUAAACAAUGUCCAUCUUGCAAAAAAUCUUUGACUCAAACUGGAGCAAUGGCUUAUUUCUUACAAAUCAAAUUAGUGUCUCAAUUAACUUCUCUUUGGAAAACCCCUGAUUUUUGCAAUUCUGUUAGAAAGCAUAGAUUUCAACACUACGAACACAAUUUUAAGAGUAAAUUAAGUGACAUAUAUGAUGGAAAUUUGUACAAAAAAUUCUUUGAAAAUAAUGGAAUUCUUAGCAACAAAAACAAUUUAUCAUUUUCAUUAAACACCGACGGUGCACCUCUUUUCAAGUCAUCAAAUGUAAGUAUUUGGCCUGUGUAUAUGCUAGUCAAUGAACUCCCACUUUCUCAGCGAAAACGACGACAGAAUGCAUUGCUUUAUGGUGUUUGGAUUUCAAACAAAAAACCACAGAUGUGGUCAUUCUUCAAACCACUUUUCAGUGAAAUGCAGUAUUUGGAAUCAAGAGGACAUAACUUUAUUGACAGUGAUGGCAACAGUUUUUUAUGCAAAUGCAUUCUUUUAACAUGUACAUGUGACCUUCCUGCAAGAGCACUGGUAUAUAACUGUAAUCAGUUUAAUGGUGAAUACAGUUGUUGGUUUUGUUUACAAAAAGGAGAAACUCACAAACAUGAAACAGGAGGAAUUUCUCAUAUAUUUCCUUAUGAUGAGUCAAAUCCAAAAGGCCCUCCCCGCAGCAAAGAAACGAUCGAUAGAGAUGCACAGUCUGCUGUUGAAAAAGUCUUAAACAAUGAAUCAAAAUGUACAGUUAAUGGACACAAAGGAAAGUUCUGGUUCAUGUACUUAAAACAUUUUGAUCCUGUCAAAAGUUGUGUUAUAGACUAUAUGCAUGGUGUAUGUUUGGGUACUGUUAAACAAAUGCUUACUUUAUGGUUUGAUAAGAAAAACAAAUCAAAAGAAUUUUCAUUCUUUCAUUUAAGGAGUCAAGUAAAUGACAUGUUAAGAAAUAUAAAACCUGCUAUUUUUGUGACACGAAUACCAAGGUCAAUUGAUGAAAUAGCCCAUUGGAAAUCCUCAGAAUACAGAAAUUUUUUGCUGUAUUGGGGCAUUCCACUUCUUGAGGGGAUACUGUCUGGACCAUACUUUGUACAUUUUUGUUUGUUGGCUAGAUCCAUAUUCAUUCUUUCAAAAGAGGGAAUUAGUAAUGAGGAAUUAGAAACAGUUGAAAGAGCGCUGCUUCUUUUUGUAGAACAGUAUCAAUAUUUGUAUGGAAAACGAUAUCUAACUUUAAAUCAACAUCAGUUAGUUCAUCUUGUUGAAUGUGUGCGAGAAACAGGACCAUUGUUUGUAAAUAAUUGUUUUAUAUUUGAAGAUCUCAAUGGUUUUAUUGUUAAACAUAUUCAUGGUACGCAAGGGGUUGAUACACAAUUGACAAAUAUUAUAAACAUGUUAAAGGUACCUCCAAUAAUGUACAAUAUUUUUCUUAAAGAUAGUGCAGAUGAACAAGUUUUAUCACUUUACAAUGAACUAACUGACAGUGUUACAGGAAGGCACAAGUAUGAAGAUGAAAUAGAAGAUGGGAUUAGGCCAAUUGGGAGUGCAAAUGUGAAAGUGUUAACUCCAAUAGAGCUAACCCUUGCAAGAAAAUUUGGCAUUAUAGAAAAAGAAGUUAAAGUUUUUAACAGAAUUGAUAUGUAUAGAAAAGGUUUUUAUGUAUAUGGCAAGGAGUAUGAAAGGCUACAAAAAAGACAGCAAAAUGUUGUAACUUGUGCCAUAAGUGGAGAAAUGCAAUUUUGUACAGUUAUAGCAUUUUAUCAAUGCUUAAAAAGAAAUCAGGAACCUGUUAACUUAGCAUUAGUGAAUUAUUUUAAAAAGAUACAGUCUGUUGGUUGUGUAUGGCAAGUGGAAUGUCCUGAAAAAUUGGAUAUGAUUCCUAUUUCAUGUAUAACAAAUGUAAAUAACAUUGUUAAAGCACAUGGGAAGACAUAUGUUUGUCCAUCUCCAAAUAGGUAUGACAGAGACUAAUUCUGUUGUCAAAGUGUAGGUUAGCAAUGUACAUUGAUGAACAGAAAUAUUGAAUAAAUUUGUAUAAAACAUGUACAGUCUUUAUCAUUAGUUCUAAAUGUAGAAUCUUUAUAAGUGUUAAGAAAUGAUAGCUGAAAACUAAAGGUAUAUAUGUUCCUAAAACUAACCAUUUUCUCAUUUAAAAUGUUUCAGAAAAAAAAUGGGAGAAAAAUGGCUAGCUUAAGCAAAGUGGAUAGUGAAACAGGCAUUUUUUCCCCAUUUGCUCAAGUAAAUGGAUAUAAAAUGUGCCAAUUUACCAUUUGAAUAGCAUUUUCCAAGAAAAAUGGUUUUUAAAUGGUUGUGAGAAAAUGGUUUUGGAAAAUUCAAAGAUAGAGAAAUGUAGGAAAAAUGUUUUUGAAAUGAAAAAUGGCUGGAAAAUGCUGAAUGAAUGGAAAUAAAAUGGGAAAAUGCCAUUUUCUUUAGCUAAGGGUAACACCAUACCAUCCGAUGUGUAAUGGCAUGACAGAAAGAUUUAAUAGGACCCUCAUCAAUAUGUUAGGAACUUUAGAGAAUAAGGAAAAGCAAGACUGGAAAAAAUAUAUCUCUUCAUUGGUUCAUGCUUACAAUUGUACAAAACAUGAAAGUACUGGUUAUUCUCCAUUUGAACUAAUGUUUGGCAGAAAACCUAGAUUACCGAUAGAUUUAACAUUUGGAUUACCUGAGGAGCACAACAUAAAGGAAUCGUACAGCGAAUUUAUUACGGAAUUAAGGGACAGAAUAAAAGAAACCUUUGAAUUAGUAAAGAAUACAGCAGAAUCUUCCAGGCAUAAACAGAAAAUGAAUUUUGACAAGAAAGCUAAAGCAAAGAAAUUGAAUAUAGGGGAUCAAGUCUUAUUGAAAAUAUUGGCAUAUGAUGGAAAACACAAAAUUGCAGACAAAUUUGAAGAAACAAUUUACACUAUCAAAUCUCAACCGAAUACAGAUAUUCCUGUGUAUGUAAUUACAGCUGAGGAUGGGCAUGAGAAAACUAUUCAUAGGAAUCUUAUUAUUCCUAUUGGGACGACAUUUAGGCCUAAACCAGCAGAGAGAAAAGGCCUUGGAGAAAGAAAUCCGCGGAUAGAGGAGAAACAGGACGAACAGAGAAAGGAAUCAGAUAGUGAAGAUGAAGAACAAUUUGUCACCAUACAAAUUGAAAGAGGACACACUGAUAAACAGAAGGAUACGACUAUGGCACCACAGCCAUUGGAAAUCCAUGAAGCGCAUGAUCAUGCAGAAGUACAAGCUGAGGAGGAGCUAGUAGAAGAUGACUCAGUAGAGGAGGUUAGACGUUCGUCAAGAACAAGGAAGAAACCAAAGUGGCAUGACGCUUAUGUUAUGUCUCAAACACAGGAGGUUGAGAACAGACAAGAGAGAGCACAGUUGUUAGCAAAUUUGUUUUGCUCCAAUAUUUUAAAAUCUACAUCUCCUUCAUUGAUUGAAAACAUUGUACAUAGUAUCAUUAAAUGAUGGGACAUCAUUUCAUGGAGAGGGGGAGAAUGUAGCCGUGUGAAAAUUUUGUAAAUAACUUUUAAGUUUUAUGAUUAAAAAGAAUUGAAUUUGCAAUUGAUAAGAUUGUAUAAUAAAGUUCUACUAGAAACUUAUGCCAAAACAAUGGCAAGCAGCUUUGAUUUUAUUUAAUUUCCAAUUUGAUGUAAUUAGUAUUUUCCCGCCAAAAGUUUGGUGAGCAUUUGGCGCCUCUUAUAGUCAUGUGACUUUAGACCAGGGUUGGAUUUUUUCAUAUUGUCCAGUGGGUUUGAAGUGUACAGACGUUUGAGUUUUAGUUAUAGUUGGAGUUAUUUCGCCAUCGUGGUAUGUCUGGUUUUUCUUUGUUUUUAUGGAAGCAAUAGCAUCGCAGUUGUUGGUGCUCUUAAUUAUAUUGCUAAUAUCUAACAAAGUGCAUGUUUAACUUUUAUUGCAGUUGCACCAAAGAAGCUUUGAAAUAUAGUUUACAGCUUUACAUUUGAUAAAUAUCAAGCCUAAAGUCCAUAACUUUGGUAAGUUAUACUAUUUAGACUGUUUAAGCAAUAUAAAAGUCAACUAAAGCAAUAAUAUAAAUAUUUUGUUUUUAAUCUUAUUUUUCUCACUUAUUAAAUAUAAAUAAGUUCGGUGGAUCACUUUUAUAAAUUGUGAUUAAAGUGCUUGAAUAUCAUUUGAUAUAACUUUAUGCUAAGUUUCAAAUGAUACAAUAUAUGUAUAUAUAACAUGUAUAAAAUGUAUAUAUGUAUUUGACGUGAUGUACAUUUUCAUGUCAUUUUGAUAUGCGGCUUUCUGUUUGUUACAGGGCAUUUCAGUUUAUUCUAUUUGAAUGAAAUAUAAACACGAACUUUUAACAAGGA